GGAGGGGCCUGAGAUCACACCUUACACCUUCAGUCCGCAACCUGUGCAGGUGGGUGUUCCUCGAUACUUGGAAGGUUUGAUGACACAGAGCCGGUUGCCUCACACGGAGAGUGUACAGCCAUGGGGAAGACAGGUGGAAGAGGCGACUUUGAAUGGGUGUACACUGAUCAGCCGCACACUUCGAGAAGAAAGGAAAUUCUGGCCAAAUAUCCACAGAUCAAGUCUCUGAUGGGUCCAGACCCCCAGCUGAAGUGGGUUGUAUCAGGCAUGGUCCUAACCCAAUUCCUGGCCUGCUACCUGGUCCAUGACCUCUCCUGGAAAUGGAUCUUCUUCUGGGCCUACGCCUUUGGAGGCUGCAUUAACCACUCCCUGACUCUGGCUAUCCAUGACAUCUCCCACAAUGUGGCCUUUGGGAACAAGCUGGCAAAGUGGAACCGCUGGUUUGCCAUGUGGGCCAACCUGCCAAUCGGGCUGCCCUAUUCCGCCUCCUUCAAAAAGUACCACAUCGACCACCACCGGUAUCUUGGAGGAGACCAGCUGGAUGUUGACAUUCCUACAGAGUUUGAAGGAUGGUUCUUCAGCACCCCAGCCAGGAAGAUCCUCUGGCUCUUUCUCCAGCCACUUUUCUAUGCCCUGCGUCCAUUGGUGGUCAACCCCAAGCCAGUGGGUCAGCUUGAGAUCCAGAAUGCAGUAGUUCAGCUUGUAGUAGACCUAAUUAUCUACUAUUUAUGGGGGUUGAAGCCCAUCGUUUACCUCAUUGCAGGAUCUGUCUUGGGUAUGGGACUGCAUCCCAUCUCUGGACAUUUCAUAGCUGAGCACUACAUGUUCCUUAAAGGACACGAGACAUAUUCUUACUAUGGAGUGUUGAACUUGAUCACCUUCAAUGUUGGGUAUCACAUGGAGCACCAUGACUUUCCCAGCAUACCUGGCAGUAAACUACCGCAGGUCAAGGAAAUCGCAGCAGAGUAUUACGACUCCCUGCCUCAACACACUUCCUGGAGCCGGGUAUUGUGGGACUUUGUGUUUGACGACAACAUCGGGCCCUACUCCAGAAUCAAACGGGAGUACAAGCUGAACAAACAGGAAUAGAGCUCCUACUGAUUGUUGUCCACCAAGCAGGAACGUGAAUUGUAGUUGUCAUCGACUGACCCACAGUGAAGAGUCAAUAUAUGCUACUUAGUUUCUUCACACAGUGUGAAUGUUACUUAAGUUUAAUUACAGUCUUUGACAUUUGUCUUAUAAUUUGUUUCUAAUUUGUUUUGUGUUACUGUAAAGGAAGUGAUCGUGUAUAUUUCAGUUGCAUAUUUUCAGAAAUAAGAGUUCAGCUUAUACAACAGGAUGUUAUUCACACUUGUGUUCCUGCUACUGUAUAAAAGGACAGCAGCUGUCAUUGUGUAAUGAUGACAUUUACUUGUACCCAGAAAGCACUAAGAAGAAUUAUUUUUCAUAACAGUAACUGAAAGCAACGAAUUACAACACAACCCAUAACUUUGCGAUAAAGGUCACAUACAUUUUCAUGUGGUGUUACGGAGACGCCACUACCCUGUCACUUCACCAAACCUUGUAGGAGUUUCUGCAGAGACACAAUCUAUCAGAUUAGAGUAUCUUAGCAGUUUGCAGAACAAUGCCAAAGUGGAAAAUGAGUAUUGAAACUCAACUUUCAGUAGGAUGAGCCUUUUCUCCAGUGAUGCUCCAUUCUGCUUGUUUGCAGCUGCAUCACUAUAAACAGAUUAUAUCUACAGGGAGUGGAAGCAACAGCAAAUAAGACAGUACCUCUAAAUACUUGGUGUCUUCUCAGACCGUUAGGAUUGUUGAAUGAACAUACUGGUAUUUCUACAGGUUGUACAGCAGCUACAUAUGUCUGUGUUGUUAAGGCGCCUGGUAUGGCCAUGCUUUUGAAUUUAGUUUUGCAACAUUAAAUUCUUUCUUUUAGUGAUGACCAACUGAGGUUGCACUGUAUAAAGAUAAUUACCAUCCACCAGGAGCAGCCAUCACGAUGGUAAACUACAAGCAGGACUACUGUUUUUUUAAGCAGAGCUUCUGUUUUGUCCACACACUGGCUCUGUGACUUAAUGUAUAUUUAGUCUUCAGCAUCAUGUUAUUUAUAUAGUU